AGCGGGAAAACGACGCUUGCGCGACGCACCUGGCAUUACAACGCGCGCGCAUUUUCUCAAGUGCUCGCUGCACUAUUCGAAAUUCAAAUUUUUCGUGUAACCAGCCAGUGAACUGUGGAUUUGUGUGUGCCGACUGUUUAGUGUUAGACUAAGUGACGUGUAACGGUGAUCUGACGGUCUAUCGGCUGAUUAAUAUCGAAUUAGUGUUGUGUUAAAAGCAGUGUGCCAGAAUUUUAACGGACUGUCUGAACGGAGAUUUUUCUGCUGAAGUUCGCACCUCUCUUUACGUUCAAGAGAAAUGUCUCGGUGGAAGGGCAAAGUGAGGUAGCCGGCAGAUGGCAGCUGUAAGUGCGGCGAUGUUCCGGCCCGGGGGCGCUCUUGACCCCCCUUGCUACGCGUCUCAAAGGGUUUACGACACGGCAGAAACCACGCGUCCGAAGAAAUGGUCUUCAAAGUUGAAACUAAAUACAUCAGGGAGUAGCAAAUCUUCAGAGAAAUCACCAGAUAGUCCAUAUUUAUAUGGAACUAUUAGUGGACCAGGGGGUUCAGCUUUAUCGAAAUCAAUGAAGUAUGCGGAAACCUGGUUGUACGGGUCUGUUAGGACCCAGACUCCGCCUCUACGGCCGAGUGUAUUUACAUCUUAUUCUGAAAGUCCAGGACCUGUCUUAAUCAGUACUCCUCAGAAGCCAACACCACAUAACUACGCAGUCAUACUAUGUUCCUGUCCUGAAUACCUUAAUGGUACGAAGAAAACCAGCUCAACCAAAGUCAGUAUUUGUAAGAAAUGUAAAGGAUCUCGUUUACCUUUAACAAUAACUGACAGCCCACGGUUGCUUGUUGGUGGAACGGUGAGAGGACCACAAGUGAAUCGUGAUGCUGGUUUAUUAAGAGCGGGCACUGUUCGUGUUCAGGGCACCAAGUCUAGACCUAGCAUCCUCAAAUCUAAUGGUGAUCCCGAUCCAUAUGAUUUAAUGCGUCGAAGCAGAUUAGCACCUCCACAUGAAACACGAAUCGGAAGUCAAUUUUCAACAUCACGAUCUCGAGCAAAAAGUAUAAGUCCAUGUCGAAUGAAAAAUAAAAAACCAAGCCCCGAAGGUUUGAUUAAAAAUAGAAGUAAGUCUGUUAGUCGCGUAAAUGAGGUCUGGAUUGAUGAAGACAUUAAUGUGCCAGAUACAAAGAAAUCUAUUUUGUCGUGUGAUAUAAAUCCAUACGAUUUAAUGAAAAUAUCAAAAUCGAACUCGGAAGUUGAAUUUGACGAUGAUUUUAAUGGACCAUUUCAAGACUCAAAUAAAAACGGUAGCCAUCGAUUAAAUAAAGUUUCAUCAGAUAAAAAUGUAAAAAAUAUUAGUGGACAAAGAAUAAGAGUUUCGAAUGACUCUAAAACAAACAUCGUUGAUGAAUUAUCUGUUUAUGAUCCUGUUAACUUUGAUCUCAAAAAUUAUGACUUUAAAUCAACAGAUAUGUCUUCAGCUUUAAGUUUACCAAGUAUUAAAAAUGAAAGCAGUAAAUUAGGCACACUAAGUAAAGCUAGUAUUAAGAGAACAAUUAAUACCACCUCAAAUCGUACAAAACAGAAAAGUGUUUCACCGAAACGACCUCCUAGAAAACUCAGAAAUACAAAAAUUGACGAUGAUAGCGAAAGUGACAAUCAAAGAAUACCAGAAAGAAACUACAAGAAGGCCUCAAUGGAACAUUUACGUAACGUAAAAAAUAAAAAUCACAAACCAGAUGCCAUAAAAUCUAUUCUCAAAAAGCCUAAAAUAAAUUCAACAGAUUCAACCACGAAAGUUGAAGUAACGGAUAAUUCAUUUGAUCGAAAAAGCAUGAAUCAUUCGCAUUUUUAUCUUCCUAAACCUAAGGAUAGUAAAAACAAAUCUGCUUCGCAAAAUGUUUUACAAAGAAAAAGGGUUCAAUUUCAAGUGGAUAGUAAUGAAACUAAAGUAAUUUUUACUGCUGAACUUAAUCUUCACGAUGAUAUAAUAAAAGAAAUGCCUGAAAAUAUUAAAGUAGAAAGCAGUGACGAUAGCAUAGCAGAAGGUGAUAUAGUUAGUAGGAGUUUACAACAAACAAAACACCAACCAUUGGUUGAACUAAAUGUGGAACAAUCUUCAGCAGUGAACAAUACAGAAAAGCAAGAAUCGUCACUUGAUAUUUCUACAAUGUCUACUUGUGAAAUAAAGACGGCGCUUAUGCAAUCUGCUGAAGAAAAAAUAAAUUCAGUACAGCAAAACAUUGAAAGUGAAGAUAACGACGUGCCAAAAGUUCCAACACUGCGACGUUCUGAAUCAGAGAGAUUAACAUCAACUAUAAAUAUAACUCCACCAAAAUUUUUAGACACUAUGGCUUUAAGAUCUAAAUCUAAACACUGUCAUACAAGCCAAGUAUUUUUGGAAUCACUUACUGAAAAUGAUGUUAAUUUACAACAGAAUGCAGAUACUGUUAGUAACUUUACAGCUACACUAACAUCUAAGGAUGAUAAUGAUAUUGAAAAUCUAAGUGAUAGUAGUGAAAUAACACGUAAAGUUUUAAAAAAUUUACGUAAUGGAAUAACUGAGUUACCAGAGCCCCCACCGAGAUUAAAAUCGCGAUCUAAAAGACAAAAUUAUGUUAAAACCCGUUUUGUUCGUAAUGAUUCUAUAAGUUCUACGAGUGAUGAGUGGUCAGAUUCAAAUGAUAAUGAACAAAAGACUGUUUUAAAAGUUAAACAGUUCGAGACGGAAGAAACACAAGAAAUUUCAAAGGAAUCUACUAGAAUCCUGAAAUUUAUAGAUAACGAGCCUAGAAAGACGUCAAUACAGAUAAAUGGGAAUGAAUGUUAUUCCACAAUGAAUGUCAGUAACGAUACCCCAAUUUAUUUAUCUUCAGUUGUAGUAAAUGAUGGGUCCAGUACUUCUUGUAAUACAUAUCAGACAGGAACAACCGUUACUAUAAGCGUUGGUUCUCCGCAAAAUGAUGGUAAGUCUAAGAGUCAAGUUUAUAUUGGAGCUGUGUUUCCUGGGGAGAAUAAAAAUGAUGAAUUCAAUAAUACUUAUGAAGAAUACUUUAAUGAAAGUAAUUCACCAAGUGUCAAUUCUAGUAUUUCUUCAAUACUUAGUGAUCCAGUAGAAGCUGUGAAACGCAAUCUUAUUCCACACGUCUGUGGGAAAAAAGAUAAUAGUUUAAGCACAUCAGAUUGUGAUAAAAAAGCUUCAGAAGGUGGAAAUCUGGUUGCUAAAUUAUUUGACGAUCCUUUUUUUGCACAUCUGGCAGAUGGCUUAGACUCUGAUUUAGUCAAGAAGUUGAUAGAAAAUUCAUUAAUAAAAUUACAAGAAACAAAACAUCAAGAAGGAGUUAAUAAUGGCAACGUUACAAUCGAAAAGUUAAUUGAAAGUUCUCUAAUAAGUAUGAAAGAAGAAAUGAAUAAAUCUUGUAUUAUAUCUGACGGAGAAUGUAAAAAUGAAAAUGUUGCCAACAAUAUAGGGAAUACUGUGUAUUUUCAAAAUGAAAAUAAUAUCUGCUCAGCUCCCUAUGAAAGUAUGGAGUAUGAAAGCGGGGUAGCUGGAGUUUUUUCAGACUUGGAACCAAUGUCGGAUUGUUAUAAUGCAUCUGCAAGUGAACUAUCAACAGAAGAUGAUACAAAUUCAACAAGAUCCAAAUUUUAUCAAAUGUUGGUAGACGCAGCGAUUUGUGAUAUUGAGACAGCUAAUAACACUGAUGAUGAUCACCAUUACGAAUCGAUCCGCCUGAAUAGUGAUCCAAUAUACGAAGAAAUAGGAGAUAUGCCACCUCCCCUACCAGUAAAUCCACCGCCAAAUUCACUUAUAAUUACUGAUGAGGAAAAAAGGAGCGGUUCCCGUUCAAUAUUUGAAGGGGCAUCAAAAUAUGAUAUCUUAUCAUAUUUGGUUGAUGCUAAAGAAAGAGGUAUUGAUGAUGAAGAGACAUAUAUAACAAAUUAUGGUAAUACGUCAGAACAUCAAUCGUUAUCAGAGAAAAGAGAUAGUAAUAGAAAAACUGAUACCAAACCAAAUGGAGUUGAAAGGAAUACCAGUCAAGUAUCGAAUGCAUCUGAUUCAAGUGAAGAUAAUUCAUUAAUUAUUACGAACGAUAAUGCAGAAAAAGCUUUACUUUGUAAAAAGUCAUCGACAGAAAUUGAAAGAAAUGAUUCAGGCGUAGGCUCAGAGACAAGUAAAUCAUCAAGGAGCAGACUUCAAGGAAAAAUUUCUCCCAGGAAUUCAAUAAGUGAUAAAGAUACUCCAAUACACUUAUGUGAAGACUGUGAUACUGCAGUUGAAACACAAGUUACAGAGCAAGGUUCAAUAUACGCACCCCUGGUAUGCCGUAAAUGUGCCAAGAAGAGAGCAGAGAGAAAAGAAAUUAUAACAGAAAUAGUUGAAACUGAGGAAAAAUACGGACGAGAUCUUCAAAUAAUUCUAGAGGAGUUCUACAAACCUAUGCUAGUGGCAGGCUUACUUACCCAAGAACAAUUAAGCGCUAUUUUCUUAAACGUAGAGGAACUUAUUGAUAACAAUCAGGUUUUGUCGGAAAAAUUAAGGGAUGGUCUGGAAAUUGCCGUGGAACAAGGAGAUGAGGAUUUACUGACCGUGAAUGUUGGAAAAAUUCUCCUAGAAUGUUCCGGAAUUUUGACAGCAUUCCAAUCAUAUUGUGUGAAGCAAGCCGGUGCCGCCUUACUUUUGGCUGGUCUUGAGAAGGAGAAAGAACUUCUGAGGAUAUUCUUACGCGUUUCACAAAUGGAAAAUACGGUGUUGAGGCGCAUGAAUCUUAAUUCUUUCCUCAUGGUACCCGUUCAGCGCGUGACAAAAUAUCCGCUCCUUCUCUCUCGUUUAUAUCGUGCAACUGCCUCUUGUGCCUGUGAAAGAGAUGACGUCAAGAAUGCGCAGCGCUGCGUUGAGUCUAGACUUGAAGAAAUCAACGCAGCGGCGGCAGCAGCCGCGGCUGCUGCAAGAGACGUUCCCCUCUGGAGAAGGCUGGCGGCCGCUCGAAGAACAGCACAUGACCUACACGUAGCUGACAUACGACUGAGGAAGAUGGCAGUUGACGUCCUUGACUGGAAUCAUGAUGAUGCCAGAUUCGCUAUGGAGGGCAAGCUGCUAUUCACUCAACCGAACGACAACAACUGGCGUAAAGGACGCACUAUCAAAUUGAUGCCGAUAAAUGCUCUUUUGGUAACUAAUGGAAAGCCAACGAACUCGCACAAAACGAACGAAAUACGUGAGACAAGAGAAGCAAGGGAUCGGGAGGCUCGCGAGAAAGAAGGCGAAGCUUUAUUCGCCAGAAGCGGCGUUAGAGAAGCUGCCCUACUCCUCGUUAGGGAAAAGGCUGGAAGAUACACUUUGCAGCGGGAGCCACUCUUUCUCGACCGCUGUGUGGUGGCUGCUGAUCACGAGCCUGAACACUUCUUCGAAGUUCACGAGAUAACUACUAAGGAUUCUUAUAUUUUUAAGGCGGAUGAAAGUACACGCACUCGCACUUGGUACAGGCAGUUGCAGUAUCACGCACAAGGCGCAGGCGCAUGGAGAAAACGUCGCAACGCCCUUGCCAAUAUUAUGAUUAACCCUAUGUUGACUAGAAAUUAAAAGUAAAUUUCAUCGGGAAUAUUUAUGUGUUUGAUAAUUGCACUUUGCCAAAAUGUUAUUAAUACAAUAUGUUAAGGCAAAAAAGAAUAAAAUUGUUCAUAAUAAAAUCUCUGCCUAGUUCAUAAUAACUUACAAUUAUCCGAUGAAAAUGGGAUUUAUUUCAGUUACGAAAGCUUAAACUAUCAGUUUGAGCAGCGAAACUGGUCUUAAGUUGUUAUUUGAACACAAUAUAUUAUCUAAGAUCAUAAUAGUUUUGAAUGGCGAUUGAACUUAACAAAACUUUAUUUUCUAGCCCACAAUAAAUUCCAAUAUAUUUGAAACGAAAUCAUAAAUGGGAUUUUUAAUCGCAUUAUUAUUUCGAUGCGAGCGACUACUUGGAGAUCAGUUCAGAUCGAAUAAGUUUUAGUAAAGUUUAAUCUUCAUUCACAAGAAUACAGCAUUUGUACCAAACAAAGUUUCAUUCAUUGGAUGCAUUUAUCGAGUGCAAAGUAGAAAUCUUUCAGUUCCCUUUUUCAAAAGGCGAGAACUCUGAAACUACAUAAAUUGUUGUAUUCUUCAAUACGUUUAUUUAUGUUUCAUAAGUUAAUUCCUAUAUUUUAAGGUAAUUUUUGCCACUAUUUUAGCGUAAAAUAAAACCAAAAUUUAGUAUUGAAUAGCUUCUGUUGUACAUAAACGUAAUACCUUCUCUUUCAACGUUGAAUAGAGUUAAAGAUAUUUAAAAUGUUUGUGUAAUUCAAAAGAUAAUGUUAUGAUAACUAUAAAAUUUAAAUAUUAAAAUGAUAGCUGUGAUAUCCCGACGUUAAUGAAAAAAAGCUUCUUUGCAAAACUUAUUUGAAUAAAAAUAGCUGUUAUAAAUAACUGUUAUUUUGUAACUUGUAAUGAUUGAAAUAGCUUCCUGACUAGUCUUAAGGUGUAAUUUAAAAUUAUCAUUUAAAUUCAAUCAUUUGUAUUUAUUGUAUGUAUCUUAUGUAAGUUAUAGUAGAAAUCAGCUGUCGCCUUUUAUAUUAUUGUUUAUAUUUAGUU